AUGAAUCGCUUUGGUGAUAUCGAAGUUUCAUUCAAACGACUUCCACCAGUGUAUGGUUAUUAUGCUGAAAAACUUGUUCCAAUUGAAAAAGCGCUAGAGCCUAUUGAGCCUCAAAUUGAUGAACUGCCUCGUUUUAUAAAGAUAGCCAAACGUUAUUGUCACUUUCCGUCAGAACAUGGAUUAACACAUGAUCAAUCAGCUGCUGUGUAUAUUUAUACGAUGGAAUGGGGUGAAACUACUUUGUAUCGUGUAUUAAAUGAUGCACUACGAUCUGAAAAUCGAAAAGCAUUAAAGAUAUGGUUCCCAUAUUUAAAACUAUUUGAUACAGCAUUGGAUAAGUUACCUACUGUGAAAGAGGUGGUCUGGAGGGGUGUACCUAUUGAUAUUGGCAAGAAUUUCAUCAAAAACCAAAUUGUGACGUGGUGGAGUGUUAGUUCGUGUUCGUCAUCCGUCAAUGUUAUUGAAAGUUUCCUUGGUAACGGCAAAAAUGCAACUCUUUUCUUAAUUGAAGCUGUUAAUGGAAAAAAAAUUUCUGGAUAUACAGAACAUGAAUACGAAGAUGAAGUUAUCUUACGAAUGGGCACCGAAUUUCGUGUAAAAGCCAAUACAUUAAAUCAUCCAAAUGGCUCACACGUCGUACAUUUAAUUGAAAUCGAUGCUAACAAUGCUCAACCAUUAGCAUCGGCUAUGAAUGAAAUGCAACUGGCUGCAGCAAAACUACCAAUUAAAACUACUUCUGGUAAGUUAUUUAUACUUUUUCUUAAGAGAAUAACGUUUUGUAUGAUACAAAUAUGUGAAACAAUGAAAAAAUGUCUGAAUACUGAUUAGUUUAUAUAUGAUAAAGGCAGAAACUAGAUAAUUGUAUAAAAAUAUUUAAUUGAUAACGAGAAAGUUAUAAUAACGAAAUUUCGACAAAUACAAAAGAAUGCUUGAUUUUUUUUGAAUGAAAACUUUUCACGAAUUAUUUUCAUCAAGAAAAUAGUAUUUAGUAGAAUUUAACCGUUUUAACAGCUCCAAGUGAUUCCAUUCAACCUGUGGAUCCGACAUCGAACUGUCUGAGAAAAUCACGUUGUUCAUCAAAACCUAGUGGAAUUAGAUCUGGGUUUUCGUCAAAAAGAAAUCAUUUCAAAUCUAGUAAUUCUAUUAUGUCGAACUUCUCGAAAUCUUUCUCUUUAACACAAUUUGACGACACUUGAAUGAGGGUUAAGAGAAUUCUGUUGAUUAUUACUCUCAGUCUUUCACCUAUGUACUCAUUCUCGUCCGUCCAAUACUUAAGCUCUUUGGAUUCCGCUGCUUUCUUAGGUUGUCUAAGUUCCAUGAAUCCUUUCACUUUAAAAAAUUUUCGUAUUGUGGCAAACUCCGACAAUAGGAUGUAUCAAAAAAUCUUGCAAAACUUCUAGAGUUUUAUCAAAUUGAAAUUCAGUAUCCGUAACUUUGCAAUAUGCUCAAAGUUCUUCAGCUAAUAAUACCAUCGAAAACUCCAAAAGACUCUCAAUUGUUGAUAACGAGACACUCUUAAUUGUAAACUCUCAUGAGUCUUCUGAAAUGUUAUUACUGGUAACGUUCAAAAGAUUCCGACACCGUGCUGGAAAUCAUACAGACAUCAAAGGUUUAGAAACCAUGUUGUCUUUUUGUACUUCAGUUUCUUACUAUCGUUGAUUUCCCUACAAGAUAUUGCACAUAGGUCACGGCCACUCCUAGUAGAGUUUUGUUCACGUGAUCUCACAAAUUGAGUCAUUGUUCUUACAGUCGUUAUAUGUAUCUGAGUUAGGAAUAAACUGAACGCUUCAGUUUAAAUGGAUGAUUCAUUCUGAAGAUAUAAGUAUUGCAAAUAAUUAUUAGGUACUCGGCUACAUUUGGGGUACUUUGUAGAUUUAUACUUUUCAGUAAAUUAUAAUUUUCUAAAGAACGAUAAAAGUAAUAUCAGUGGUUGUUUUUUUAUAGAUACUAGCUAUCAUGGGGUAUUUUUUCAUAGUACUGAAAGUUACUUAUCACUAAAAAGUAAUCUAUCGUGAUUUUUUAUAUUCAUGUUCAAUCGUAUAAAAGUUUUGGACUAAGAUAUUUUCUCAGUAUGACCUUUCAUUUGAUCCACAUAAAUCAAACUUUUUGAGAAAAAGCUUUCCAUUUUCAUAAACCUUACUUUUCAAUCAAAAAGAACUAUAGAUUAUGUUUGAUAUGUUCUAAUGUAUUAUUUGCUUUACGGAGUCUUCUGUUACGAGAGAUUGUGUAAUAUAAAUUUUUGUACGUUAAGACUCGAAUAUCAU